AGAACCUGAAAACACAUACUUGCACUGGUUUCGGUUUUGCUUUCGUACAACGGUCACUAGUUCUCUUCUGCGCAUGCGUACUUUUUCGUGUCCUUGAAGCUCCUCCCACCACUGCACCCACAGCGCCCACAGUGCCACUGACGUCGGGCAAAGCGUACUGGUUCUCUCCUUCGUUGGAUCCGUCUUUGAGGAAUUGAAGCGACCGGAGUGUUUGCCUUACCUCGUUCGACAGCACCUCCAACAGGGACAUGCGCGAGUGCAUCUCAGUGCACGUGGGCCAGGCGGGUGUGCAGAUCGGCAAUGCCUGCUGGGAGCUUUACUGCCUCGAGCAUGGCAUCCAGCCCGACGGGCAGAUGCCAGACGACAGGUUGGUGGGCAGCGGGGAGGACUCCUUCAACACCUUCUUCAUGGCCACCGGGUCGGGCAAGUAUGUGCCCCGGGCUGUCUUCGUCGACCUGGAACCCACGGUGGUGGACGAGGUGCGCAACGGACCCUACAGACAGCUGUUCCACCCGGAACAGAUGAUCACUGGGAAGGAGGAUGCGGCCAACAACUACGCACGUGGCCACUACACGAUCGGCAAGGAGAUCGUGGAGAUUGUGUUGGACCGUGUCCGCCUGCUGGCAGAGCGCUGCACGGGCCUUCAGGGCUUCCUUGUCUUCCGGAGCUUCGGGGGCGGCACGGGGUCGGGCUUCGCCUCGCUCCUCAUGGAGCGACUGUCCGUGGACUACGGCAAGAAGUCUAAGCUGGAGUUCGCCAUCUACCCAGCACCCCUGGUGUCCACAGCGGUCGUGGAGCCCUACAACUCCAUCCUCACGACGCACACAACCCUGGAGCACUCAGACUGUGCCUUCAUGGUGGACAACGAGGCCAUCUUCGAGAUCUGCCGCCGCAACCUCAACCUGGAGUUUCCCAGCUACCGCAACCUGAACCGCCUCAUCGGUCAAGUGGUCUCGUCUAUCACGGCCUCGCUGCGUUUUGACGGAGCCCUUAACGUUGACCUGACUGAGUUCCAGACCAACUUGGUGCCAUACCCGCGCAUCCAUUUCCCGCUGGUUACUUACGCCCCUGUAGUGUCGCCUGAGAAGGCCUAUCACGAGCAGCUGACGGUGGGCGAAAUCACCAACUCGUGCUUCGAGCCGGCCAACCAGAUGGUGAAGUGUGACCCCCGCCACGGCAAGUACAUGGCCUGCUGUCUCCUGUACCGGGGAGACGUGGUGCCCAAGGACGUGAACGCAGCCAUUGCGGCCAUCAAGACCAAGAGGAGCAUCCAGUUUGUGGACUGGUGCCCCACUGGCUUCAAGGUUGGCAUCAACUACCAGCCGCCGACUGUGGUUCCCGGGGGCGACCUGGCGAAGGUGCAGCGUGCGGUGUGCAUGCUGUCCAAUACGACGGCCAUUGUGGAAGCCUGGGCACGUCUCAACCACAAGUUCGACCUGAUGUAUGCCAAGAGGGCCUUUGUGCACUGGUACGUGGGCGAAGGCAUGGAAGAGGGCGAAUUUUCGGAGGCCAGGGAGGACUUGGCUGCCCUGGAAAAGGACUACGAAGAAGUGGGACUCGACUAUGCAGAAGGGACCGACGAAAACGGGGGAGACGAGUACUAGGAUCCCACACCAACUUGUUGAACGGGGUUAACAUUGUUGCAUCCAAGUUGACCUCUUGGGACUUCUCUUAAACUGGCAGCUUCACAGACAAUCUUUUUUUUUUUUUUUCUUCAGCUGCCUUGUCUAAGGGCAGGGUGGAUGGAAGUGUGAAGGGAGACAGUGUUUUUUUUUUUUUUUCUUAGACCGUACAGCCCGCUUAUAACUAACGCCGCGAGAAUCUAAAAUCAGUUCGCUAUAUCCAUUUUUCGCCAAAUGUAGAUUUAAAAAAAAAAAAAAAAAGAAGAAAUAGGAAUUGGUUGUUUCAGCACGCGAUUUUAAUGCUUUCCAAAAUAGCUGUCGAUUCGCGACUGUACGUACCGCGUAAGGGACGUCUUCACGAUCGCCUGCUCUAUUUUGUCAAGUCCGGGAAAAGGUUUUGUCCAAGUCCGACCCGCUCGGCACCAGCGAAGUAGUCUCAGAGGGUCUCCGCCGCGGUGAGAGUUGUUCCGGCAGACACCGACUUCUUUGCAGAGUCGUCGCCACUCUUGUCACUUUCUCUGCCUACUUCCGCAUUGACGGGAUCAGAGUUCACGAGGGCUUCAUCAGAGGAGACGCUCCACAACCCAGCGACUGUAAUGGACCUUUAAGUUGGCAAUAACGUCCUGGUCCAUCGGCUGAAGCUUGGCAGUGGUGUUUGGCGGCAGGAAGAGGACUUCCACGACGUUAAGCAGUGGAUUGAUGUGAUUCGCGCUACAGUUAUCAAGCAGAAGCUGAACUUUCCGUUCCUUGCCCGCCAUAUCGUUGGUGAAGUCGGUCACGGUCGGCAGCGGUAGGCUCAGUCAGGUAGGGUUUAGUGAAAUCCGUGUAUUUCGCAACGAAGCAUUGCUGACUUUCGUGUAGUUCCGUAGCCAGGUUGGCCAGAUGUCAAAACGGAGGAGACAAAACGCGGAGCGGACGGGAACGGCCGAAAAUCCGAAAUUUCCCGCACGACAUGUGCAACGAUGCACGUCACACGUACUGCAGAGAAGACAACUUGCGGAACAGCGUGAAAUCUUCCCUCGCUCGGACGAAAGGUGGCGGUCGCCUUAGUUGCUUUAUCGGUACGGACUUGUUUCUUUUUGCGGUUAUUUUCUAGAAUUAUACCGUGAAUAGCUUUUUUUGCACAUAAUUUGAGUGUUUUUGCAGCUUUUUUUCGCUACAUCUGUGGCAAGCCACCCGUGGUUUUUCGUUAAAAGCGGGCUUGUAUCUCAUUGCAGGUAUACAAACGGUAACGGGAAAUUUAAAUUCAUUUGCUAUAUCUAUUAUUUCGCUAUUUCCGGGUUCGUUAUAAGCGGGCUGUACUGUAUCAACAUGAGCUGUCAUCCCGUUUAGAGGUUCAAAGUGUUCAGUGUUGGUCUCGUGAGAGACAAAUGACUUCAUUUAUCUGCAAAUAAAGAGUCUCUGUUAGCUGCUUUUA